UUUUCCCCAAAUCAAACACUUGGCCACGUGGUGCUAUCACGACAAGUGCAGAAACUGCAGCUGCAUCGAAAAGUUUAAGUUUUUUCAAAAUUUUUCGGACUAACGGAGCUAAUGUCUCUUUUCCGUUUUUCUAUCGUGCACUAAAAGCUACAUUCAACGGAGUAGCAUUGUCAAGAAUCAGUUCAAAGCUCUAUUUAUGUAUCUAAUGAUGUAAUUCUUUACAUAAUAUUUUAAAAGAAAUGCUUGAACUGGGAAGUCUGUUUGAUUUACAAAUACCUCGGGUAGAUGAAGGUGAAUUUCAGUCGUCAGCAUAAAUAAGAUGACAAUCCAAGAAAAGUUAUGUCCAAAUUACAAUUUGGACUUAAAUGCUUAAUCAUUUGUGCGAUUCAUUUUAAACCUAUUCGAUUAUUAUCAGCUCACCAAAAUAAGUCAAGUUUGCAAAAUGAGCGGGGUCGGCAGUCACUGUCAUCAUCUGGGUGUUCAUCAUUCCAAAACAUCCGCCACGACCCCUCAUUCGUUGACAAGACUGGCUUCGUCAAAGUCUUUCUGGAGCAGUCCGACGAACAUGUUUACACCAUGGCCCCAGCCGGAUUCGGCAAGAGUCACCUGAUUGACAUGCUCGACCUCUUCUUGGAUUCGGCAACCGUUCCAAUCGCAUCCACUCAUGCAUCAUCCACCCAGGAUCACAAUCUCUUCACCGGAACCGUGAUCCACCAAAACACCGCGUUUUUCAAUCGCCACGUCCAACAGUACCAGGUCAUUCGCAUGGACUGCCACCCUUACCGCCAGGUGAAGGACUUCGAAUCCUUCAGACGCAUCCACUGCCACGCCAUCUGCCGGAUGAUGUCCAGACACACCUACCUCCGUGACACGAAAUCCAACUUCUCGUGGCUUCAGUACAUGGACAAUGACGAGAGGUGUUCCACUUACUGUACCUUCAACUUCGACCAGAUCGACUACGCAGGUCGCGACCUCUCGCGGCAACUUGCGGAAGCCUCGCCAAAACCAGUUGUCCUUCUCGUUGACGCGUAUGACUCCGUAUUUCGUGCAAUGGUUGAUCGCGACGUCGAUGUCGCUAAAGAAGUUUUAAACAAGUACGUCAAUUUCGUGUCGCGGAUCGUGAAAUGGAGCAACUGUACGCGGUCACUCCUACUGGGGACUUUGAACUUCGGGGGCGUCCACCCUCAUCUGGUUAAUAACGUCAAGUUCGUCAACUUCAACUUCCAGUCGACUUUCGCACCCUAUUUUGGCUUCACCAAAUCAGAGGUUGAGCGUUUACUUUCGAAAUUCAAGCAUACUGCAGCCCUUGAAAGGGUCACGGGUUGCUACAACGGGUAUUCCUCCAGAGAUGCACCCAAACUCGCCCUCUACAACCCUUUCUCGGUGCUAGCAUUUUUAAAGAACGGGAAGUUUAAAAAUUACUGGUUGAAAGAGGCCCCCAGUUUAGAACCUUUGAAACAGCUCUUUUACUACCCCCUGAUUGGGAAUGUUAUUCAGGACAUACUGCUCGGUGACUCAGGGCUGCACUCUUUUCUUGACGAAAAGUUGACCUUAAAACAAAUCGAACGCUUGAAAAGAUACGCCCGGAAAGUUCAAAGUCGGCUACCAUCGCGCGAUGAGGUGAUCAAUCCGUUUAUCCGAUACCUGACCCAAGUUGGAUAUCUUGCACUCAAGCCCAGUGGGCCUUUUGAGGGUGACUAUUUGAAGGUGCCUAAUCUGGAGACCGAGCAAUAUUUAGAAAAAUUCCUUUACACAAGCGACUAUAUUCUGAACGCAAUAGGAAUCACCCAUGCUGCCACCGAGAGGCUGGCUGAUGCAUUCAUUGGAUUGUCAAAAAAUGAUUCUUACUUUCAGGAGUUGUCGGACUUAAUUUAUGACGCCACCAGGAAGAAUCCACCCUCCCAUUAUACGAAGCCGUCGGUGCUCGGGUAUUUGCACGCAGCUUUGAAGCGGCCGGUGAACCGGAAAAAGUUCAAAGUUGUCAGGGCUCGGGUGAAAGUUGCGUGUAAUACUUCUAAUGAGAAACGGCUGAAGGAGAAUAGGGCUGAUUUGGUGAUUAUCACCCCUGAUAAUACCGGGAUCAUUCUGAAAUACGAGUUGGAGGAUUCUCCUUAUGUUAACCUGAGAAAAAUAAUCCAGGGACGACAACACUUCGUGUUUGAGCAGAAAUUUGAUGCCUACAAACUUUCUCAAAGGAUUUUCAUAGGACUUUCUUUCAAUGGUGGCAAAUGCGGUAUUCGUUAUAUUAGGAACACGACUGAUUUUUAUGAGAACCAAUUCGUAUCGAGUCCAUAUUUUCAGAAAAAUGAAACACGGUGAAGGAAAAAAGAUAACUACAUACAAAUACGUCUCUCCACACGAUAUGAUACAGUUAUAAUAAUAUUAUGAACGGAAAUUCUAAAAGUAAUUAUUAUUUUACUAAUGAUUAUUUAUUGUAUAAGUUUAACGGAACAGGUUACUUCCACGAAGCAUUACGCAGAUGAUUGAAGAAUUUGGAAUUAACAAUUGUAAAUUUUGCCUGAAUCUUACCUACUAAGAUUCCACUAAUGAACGUAGGUGAGUCAGUAGAACUCUGCUUGCCAAAGAGCGUAUAUCGUCACCUUCCCGGCAAAGUAUCACAAGCGCCACUUUGCCAACUUUUCAAGAGACACAAAAAACUGAAUUGCGACCGUAAAAGACGGAUGUUUGGCUUGAAACUUGAAAUAUAGAUCUAGCACACCUCCCUGCUUCGAAUAUUAAUAAAAUUUCUUUAAAAAAAACGGGUUUUUCUUUGAAAAUUGGCGCUUGUGAUAUCGGCUUCUCGGGGCACUCUGAGAAUCUAUUGGCGCUUGUGAUACGAAAGUCCAUCAAAUUUAACGGAGUUUUUUCCAUAUUUCUUCAUUUUUAAUCUAAAAAAAAAUAUUAUUUUCGUAUGUAAAUGCAUCUUAUUAAUUCAAAACUACCCAUAACUCAACUUUAAUAAAAAUAGCGCUUGUGAUACUUCGGCCGAAAAGUGACGAAUCGCUCCAAGUCAUUCCAAAAGUUGUUGAUACUAAUAUCGAAAAUCAAUCUCAAAGAUGAGCGAUUAUUCCCAACUUGGCGCUUGUGAUACUUUUCUCUUACAUGACGCUUGUGAUACGAAAGUUCGUCAACUUCAAUGGAGUAUUUUAAAUAUUUAUUUAUAUUUAGUCUAAAAAAAAAAUAUUAUAUUCGAAAUAACGAGAUGUAAUUACAUGCGAAAAUAAUUUAGUUUCAAGUCAUUCCGAAGACUGCCGUGACAAAAAUUGUAAAACAAUCAGAAAGGUAGGCGGUUGCCGAACUUGGCGCUUGUGAUACUUUUCUCCCAAA